UUGUCCUUUGGCGAGGAUUCUCCAAGGCGUCUCAACACAUGGGCCGGCUCAGAACCGCCAAGAUCCACGUGGAGAGAGCUAUCAAGCAGAAGAAGAUUUUCAUGAUCCAAGGCUGCUACCCUGUGAUCCGGUGCCUUUUGCGCCGGAGGGGCUGGGUGGAGAAGAUGGUCCAUCCCUUGGGUACCGCGCUGCCACCACCACACAAGGGUCUGGGGGACGGUGACACCACUGAGGAUGAGGACGAAGAUGAGGAUGAAGCAUUCCGGCUACCACAGCUGUUUGACUUCGAUGAUUUACUGGAAUUUGAUGACCCGCAUGGGACGCAUGCUCUGAUGGUGGGUCUAUGUCUCAACCUCCGGAAUCUGCCGUGGUUUGACGGGGCCGAUGCCGACUCCUUCUUCCCACGCUGCUACCGCCUGGGGGCUGAGGAUGACAGAAAGGCCUUCAUAGAGGACUUCUGGCUGACAGCUGCCCGCAACGUUCUCAAGCUGGUGGUAAAGUCAGAAUGGAAGUCAUACUCUAUCCAAGCAGAAGAGGAAGAGGCCCCAGGAGACAAGCAGCCCAAGAAACAAGAGAAGAAGCCGGUGACGGUGUCCCCAGAGUUUGUGGAUGAGGCUCUGUGCGCCUGCGAGGAGCACCUUAACUACGUGGCCCACGUGGACAUUGACAAGGACAUGGAGGCUCCGCUCUACCUGAGCCCUGAGGGCUGGUCCCUCUUCCUCCAGCGCUACUAUCAAGUGGUCCACGAGGGGGCAGAACUCAGGUACCUCGACACUCAGGUCCAGCGCUGUGAGGACAUCCUGCAGCAGCUGCGGGCCGUGGUGCCCCAGAUGGACAUGGAAGGAGAUCGCAACAUCUGGAUCGUGAAGCCGGGAGCCAAGUCCCGUGGACGAGGCAUCAUGUGCAUGGACCACCUGGAGGAGAUGCUGAAGCUGGUGGACGGCAAUCCCGUGAUGAUGAAGGAUGGCAAGUGGGUGGUGCAGAAGUAUAUUGAGCAGCCACUGCUCAUCUUUGGCACCAAGUUUGAUCUGAGACAGUGGUUCCUGGUGACUGACUGGAACCCACUUACUGUGUGGUUCUACCGCGACAGCUACAUCCGCUUCUCUACACAGCCCUUCUCCUUGAAGAACCUGGACAACUCCGUGCACCUGUGCAACAACUCCAUCCAGAAGCACCUGGAGAAUUCGUGCCACCGACACCCACUGCUGCCCUCAGACAACAUGUGGUCAAGCCAGAAGUUCCAGGCCCACCUGCAGGAGAUGGGGGCACCAAACGCCUGGUCCACCAUCAUCGUGCCUGGCAUGAAAGCUGCGGUGAUCCACGCCCUGCAGCCCUCCCAGGACACCGUGCAGUGUCGGAAGGCCAGCUUCGAGCUCUACGGUGCUGACUUUGUGUUCGGUGAGGACUUCCAGCCCUGGCUGAUCGAGAUCAACGCCAGCCCCACCAUGGCACCCUCCACGGCUGUCACCGCCCGGCUCUGUGCCGGCGUACAGGCCGACACCCUGCGCGUGGUCAUCGACCAGCGGCUGGACCGCAGCUGUGACACAGGGGCCUUCGAGCUCAUCUACAAACAGCCUGCCGUGGAGGUGCCCCAGUAUGUGGGUAUCCGGCUUCUAGUAGAGGGCUCCACCAUCAAGAAGCCCCUGGCGAUGUGUCACCGGCAAAUAGAAGUCCGCCCAGCCCUCCCUCACCUGCUGACCCAGCGAGGCUCUGGGGAAGCCCAUCACCACUUCCCCACCCUCCACAGCACAGCACAGCAGCCUUCUCCCCGUGUGCUCCGACCCCAGGGGCGGGGCCUCAGACUGCAGCCCAGCAGGCUGGUGGGCUCUGAGGCCCUGUCGACCACAGGCAAGGCCUUGAUGACUCUACCUACUGCCAAGGUUUUGAUUUCCCUCCCACCUAACCCUGAGCUCAAGCUGGAGCCCAACGCCCUGAAACCAAGAAAGGCUCCUGCUCCCCAGCGCUUUCAUGGUCCCCCACUUGGAAAUAACUUGUGGUCUCAACCCUUUGAAGUCGGAAAUCUUCCUAGCACCCGUAGGAAGAUCAAGGCCAAAGGCAACUUCAAGGCCAGACUGCGACAAACCCAAGGCUGAGACAUGCCUCAUGGCGACACUGAGCCUUCCGGGACCCCUGCCCCUUAUCAGUGCACACCAGGGUCUGGGGGGCAUGAGGGACGUGUGGCUACAGAAGUCCUUGCUUCGAUCGUCACUGCCCUUAUCCUGGACGCAGCACCAAGGAAAAAAGCAAAUGAAGU